AUGCGAUUCCUAAUAGCAGCUGCACGUCGCAUACGCAAAUCCUGGCGAGCACCUCGACGGUUUAGAGCCUGGAGUCCCAUCAGCAAGGUAGUCCUGGCAGGUUACGCCUUGAUGUUAUGCUUGAACAGCUUUAUCGGUUACUUUCCGGCUCGAUUUCGCAUGAAGAAUGAAAAGUUCAUUUUUUCCAAGCCAAUGGCCGUUUAUUGUAUUGCCGUAGCUACGAUUUUUGGAGCAUUCUAUGUGAAGCACAUUUGGGAGGAAUUCACAAGCGGAAAAAUCGAUCAACGCGAUGCUAUAAAGAUCUAUUGCUAUAUGAAUGCCUGUGGCGGGUUGCUCAACUACCUGUAUCAAUGGACAAUGUGCAGGCAAAUUGUGGAUUUGCUAAACAAAAUGUCGCUAUUUCGAGUCAUCAACUACUUCAGUGUCUCAGUGAUGUCGAUGAUUCGCGCCAUGACAAUAGUUUUGGUCAAAAUCUUUGGAUUUCCAUUGGUGAUGCAAUUGACCCUAGUGCUCUAUCAGAGGCAGAAACACCCGGAGCUGAGUUGGACCAACACGAGCAGGACAAUGCUUCCGAUCAUCUCUGUGAGCCACUUGAACAACUGUUUCUUUUGCAGCGUUGUGAUUUCCAGAGCAAUUUUUAAUCAUAUUAAUAAAAUAAUCAGCGAGAUACUCUCGGAGGUCAACAGAUUGCAAACUCCUUCACAGAUGACAUUACACAAACCCUAUUACCGGAUGCAACGCUUCUGUGAUCUGGCGGAUCGCCUUGAUGAGCUGGCCACAAAGUACGCCCUUGUCAAUCUUUACUGCCUGAACCAUAUGAAAGUUACCUGCUUUUCCCUAGUGAUCUCAAUGGGAAUCAACCUGUUUAGCACAACGCUGGGUUGUUAUGUGCAAUAUCAAGCCUUCGUUGACUACGUAAUGCUUGAAAAGCCCUAUGACAUAUCACAGGCAUUAGCCCACUUUGUAUUUCUGGCUCUUCCAUUUUUGGAAAUCGUGCUGCUGGCAAACGAAAGUCAACAAUUACUAAAUGAAGCCAAGGAAGCGGGGAACUUGCUGCAACGAAUGAAUUUGGAGCAUGCAGAUAUACGAUUCAAACAAGAAGUGGACGCCUUCUGGUUGGAAGUGUGUACAAUCCAAUUCAAGCUCAUGCCCCUGGGUCUUCUUGAGUUGGACGGAUCCAUGGUUAACAAGAUGUACACGACGGUUGCCGGCUUCUUAUUGUUCCUCAUUCAAAAUGAUCUGACUGUAAGAUUUUCUUUAAAGUAA